GUUUUUGGCCGUCCCGGUUUCGGCUCUCGUGGCCAAUUUUGGGAUCCCCAAAUGGGCUCGGGAGAAAAUCGUGAACGGGAUCCAGCUGGGCACUCACCUGUACGCCCACGGCGUCUUCCUGAGCCUGUCCUGGGCCACCAAAAGCCCCUCCUGGGCCACCUCAGGACCUCCUGGGCCACCUCAGGACCUCCUGGGCCACCUGGGAACCUCCUGGGCCACCAAAAGCCCCUCCUGGGCCACCGAGAUCCCGUCGUGGGCCCGCGUUGGUGCCAUGUCCACGGCUCUGAUCCUCACCGUUUACAUCCUGACCUUCGCCGUGGGUUUCCCGGCCAACGCCUUCACCUUGGCCGUGCUGGUGGCCAAACGGCGCCGGCGCCCGGCCCCGCCCUGCGGCCACCGCUGGCCCCUUUUGGGCUCCCUGAGCGCGGCCGACGUCCUCCUGCUCAACCUGACGGCGGCCGAUCUGCUGCUGCUGCUCUUCCUGCCCUUCAAGAUGGCCGAGGCGGCCGCGGGCAUGGUUUGGCCUCUGCCGGCGCCGCUCUGCCCGGUGGCCAAUUUCUGUUUUUAUUCCAGCAUGUACCUGAGCAGCCUCACCUUGGCGGCCCUGAGCGUCCGGCGGUACCUGGGCGUGGCUUUUCCCCUGCGGCUGCAGGGGCGGCGCCGGCCCGGCCGCGCCUUGGCCGUGGUGGCGGCCAUUUGGCUCCUGGCCGGCGGCCACUGCUCCGUGGUGUUCGUGGCCGAGUUCGCCGGAAGGGGGGACGAGGGCGCGGCCAACGGCACCGGGGGCAAAUGCUACGACGACUUCUCGGCCGCCCAGCUCCGCUUCGUCCUCCCCUUGCGCCUCGAGUUCUUCUUCCUCCUCUUCCUCCUCCCCUUCUCCGUCACCGUUUUCUGCUACGUCGGCUUCGUCCGAGCCCUGCUGGCCCGCCCGGCGCUGCCGCCGGCCAAACGCCGCCGCGCCGUGGCCUUGGCCGUGGCCACCAUGGUGAUUUUCGGCCUCUGCUUCGCCCCCUACAACGUCUCGCACGUGGUGGGGUUCUGGCAGGGCCGCAGCCCCGGCUGGCGCGUGUACGCCACGCUGCUGAGCGGCCUCAACGCCGCCAUCGACCCCCUGGUCUUCUACUGCUCGUCCGGAGCCGUGCGGCACGCGCUGGGCGGGGCGGGCAACGCGCUCAGGGCCUGGGCCUGGCCCAGAUGA